ACAUAACACGCAACUCUAACAUAGCUUAAUAUAACUACAUAAAACUUUAGAGCACACAUAAAGAUCUUCCAAUCCUAAAUCUCUGCCGUAAAUUGCGAAACACCUAAAUCUUCGUAACAUCUCAUUCUCACUACAUCCAUUGGAAAUUAAUUAGUUAUUCUCAAUUAAUAAUUAAAUUGUUAUGAAGCUCUUGGAAAAAGAUUUUGCUCUAAAUCAAAGAGGAACUGUUAAAAUUAUUGCAGAGGAGCCCGAUGAUGUUUGGCUCCUUUACAAUCUCAUCACCAUUGGCGAUGUUGUCACCGCCGAUACCACACGGAAAGUCCACCUCGAAUCAAAUAAAAACACUGCGUCACGUGUCAAACUCAACCUUCAUCUCAAAGUCACGUGUCGUGACUUUCACAAAGACUCUUCUACCCUUCGCGUCCAUGGACGCAACCUUGAAUCAAACCAACAUGUUGCUGCUGGCUCUUUCCACACUUUAACCCUCGAAAUAAACAAACCAUUUGACCUUCAAAAAAAGUUGUGGGGUCCAAAUGCCGUCGAAACCUUAGCCGAUGCCACCGAGAAUAAUAAUAAUUCUUCUUCGUCCGAUGCAAAUUUAGCCGUUGUUGUCAUUCAACAACACCAAGCAGAGAUUCACUUGCUUGGCAAAGGGGUCACCCAUUGUUGCUCCAAGAUCGAAGCAUCUUCACGUUCACAUUCACAUAAAAAAUCUUCUUCGUCCUCUAACGUGUUUUUUCGUGAUGUUUUUGCAGCUUUUGUGAAGCAUGUGGAUUUCAAAGUUGUGCGAAGUGUAGUGAUAGCAGGGGAUAACGAUGAUAACGCAGCGUUAUCCCCAGCUACUUUUCGUAGGUUUCUUUUGUCAGAAGCAAAAAAGUUAAGAAUGAGAUUUAUCGAAGAGAACAAAUCACGUAUCGUCAUUGUGGGGUCAAAAUGUAAUAACAAGGGUAAUUGUGACUUUGACUUGAGGGAAGUUUUAAAUGACAUGGCAGUGAUGAAUUUGAUAAAGGACAGUAAUUUGGGCUUAGAGAUUAGAACUUUUAAGGAAUUGUGGGACAUGGUAUGUAACAAUUCAGAUCGUGUGUGUUAUGGACCAAAACAUGUGGAGAGUGCACAUGAGAUGAAAGCAAUUGAGACACUUUUAAUAAGUGAUGAUUUAUAUAAGAAUGAAGAGAUUGAGACAAGGAAAAAAUAUGUGAGUUUGGUGAAAUCAGUGAAAGAAGGUGGAGGAAAGGCAUUGGUGUAUUCUUCUAUGCAUGUUUCAACACCACAAUUGGCUCAACUAACUGGUGUUGCUGCCAUUCUCAGAUUUCCAUUGCCUGGUCUUCAAGAUAUGGAUGAUGAAUGAUGAUGAUGAUAUGUUUAGAAGUACUAUUAGAAUAAAGCUCUUCUAAAUUAAACUAAAUAUAUUACAUGUAUAUGUUUAAUUUUCUUUUUAAUCCCUUUCCAUUGUAAAUAUUCCUGAAAUGUAAAUUCUCAUUAAUUUGUACAUAUACAAUAAAUAUUUCUUAUUUAUUUUAA